AUGGGCCUCCACUCCAUCUUAUUGCCGUCAGCCUUCGUCUUCUUAUCGUGCUUCGACCAUUCCUCGGGAGAUGUCACCCCCGUGGCGCUCGCAAACGUUGUAGUCCAUCGCCAAUAUGCUGUUCCUAGCCAGAGGUACUUGAGAGCCUACACAACUACUGAAGAACGAGGAGGCCUGGAUAUCAUAUUGAAUUUCUUUAAAAGGAAAAAGGUCGAUCUGAAGGCAUUUUUGAAUGAAAAGAACGAUGGAGUUGACGUUCUGAAAAGUCUGCAACUCGGUGAUGACGUGGCGAGUGCGUUGAACCACGCGAAACUCGAGAAACUGAACAAGUACAUCAGAAUGUUCAACAAUAAACACGCGGACGGGCCCAUCUCGCUGGUCGGGAUUCUCUCAGCGCACUACGGAGACGAUGCUGUGGCGAAAACUUUAGUGUAUCUGGAAAGACACUCUACCUCCCCUGACAUGGUGAGCCUGGCGUCGAAGCUGCGAGUUGACCAGCUCAAUGGCUGGCUAACCGGCGGUCAAAGUGUCGAUGAUGUCUUCACGCGACUUAAUCUUAAGAGCAAUGGGGUCGAAGCACUCGAGAACAGAAAAUUUAUGGUACUGGAAGAGUACAUCGCCAAGUAG